AUGCCGCUGGGGCUGAGGAGCAAGAAGAAGGACAAGUCCAAGGAGACCUUCAAGCUGGUGGAGAGCGAGGCGGCGGCCCCGGUCCCCGCGGCGGCCCCGGCGCCGUCGGCCGGCGCGUCGCGGCUGCAGUUCCACACGCAGCUGGCGCACGGCAGCCCCACGGGCCGCGUGGAGGGCUUCGGCAGCGCCCGCGAGCUGUACGCCCGCAUCGGAGAGGCGUUCGGCAUCCACCCCGCCCAGAUCAUGUUUUGCACUUUGAACACUCAUAAAGUUGAUAUGGACAAGCUCUUAGGUGCACAAAUUGGCCUUGAAGAUUUCAUAUUUGCCCAUGUGAAAGGACAACGAAAAGAAGUGGAAGUUCUUAAAACUGAUGAUAUGCUGGGGCUUACCAUUACAGAUAAUGGAACUGGCUGUGCCUUUAUAAAGCGAAUCAAAGAAGGCAGCCUUAUGGACCAAAGCAAAACCGUCUGUGUGGGCGAUCACAUAGAGACCAUAAAUGGAAAAAAUGUGUCACAGUGUCGGCACUAUGAAGUUGCCAAAAUGCUGAAAGAUCUGGAGAAAGGUCAGAAGUUUAAGCUGGAGUUGGUAGAGCCUUUGAAAGCAUUUGAAAAGCUGGAACCAAGGUCCAAAGGCAGAACUGUGUCAGAGGCUAAAAUCUCCAAAGGGAGAGAAACACUUCGCCUGAGAACCAAAGGCCCUGCUACUGUGGAGGAAAUGCCAACUGAAGUUGAAGAAAAAGCAAUUAAAAAAGUGGAUGAGCUUCUUGAAACAUACAUGGGCAUAAGAGAUAUUGAAUUAGCUGCAACAAUUGUGGAAGCUGGAAGAGACAAGAAAAACCCAGAUGAAUUUGCAGUGGCAUUGGAUGAAACUCUUGGAGACUUUGCAUUUCCAGAUGAGUUUGUAUUUGAUGUAUGGGGAGCAAUAGGUGAUGCUAAGCAAGGACGACUGGAAUAA